UUUCUCUUCAUUAAACAGUGUCAUUAAUAUAAAAUUACAUCUGUGUUGUGAUUAAAAAUUUAUUCAUUUUUGAAAAAAUGAAUUUUAUUAAAAAUGCAUUGUUAAUAGUAAUGUGUUGGUUGACGCUUCAAGAUGUUAAAGCACUCGAAAAAGUAUCAUCUAAUACUGAGCCUGAUUUUAUAACGCCGGAAUAUAUACUGCCAUGUUCAAGAAAAGAUCCAGCAAUUGAUUCAUGUAUACAAACUGCAUUUAAUCAUCUAAGACCAUAUUUAAUAAAUGGAAUUAGCGAGUUAGAUUUGCCACCAAUUGAGCCACUUAUAAUUCCUGAAUUGAAAAUGCAAAAUGGACAAGGAGGAGUUCGUGUUAUUGCUCGUUUCUCAAACAUAUCAGCAAUUGGACCAGGAAAUUACACAAUUCGUAAAGUACGUUCUGAUUUAAAAAGUCUUCGAUUGGAUCUUCAUUUAAAUAUUCCAAGAAUUGAAUUACAAGGACACUAUGAAGUUGCUGGAAAUGUUUUAGUUUUUCCAAUUCAAAGCCACGGUGAUUUUUGGGCUGUUUUUGGUGAUGUUAAUUCAGUUGCAAAAGUUCAAGGUGAUGAUAUUGUACGUGAUGGUAUUCAUUAUAUGAAAAUUGCUCGUUUAGUUGUUGAUUUUAAACUUGGUAGUUCUCGAUUUAAAGUUGCUGAUCAUUUGAAUGGCAAUAAUGUCAUUGGUCAAGCUAUGAAUCAAUUUUUAAAUGAUAAUUCAAAAGAAAUUAUUGAUGAAAUGCGACCAGCUGCUAGUGCAAGUAUUGCAAAACAUUUCAAGUCAUUUUUAAAUACAGCAUUUACUAAAGUACCACUUAAAGUUUGGCUUCAUGAUUAAAAUUUAAAAAAAAAAACAAAGAAACAAUAUGCUCUUUUCACUUGAGUUUUUUUUUUUUUUUGUUCACUGGCAAUUAGUAGAUUUAUUUUGAUGAAAUUUAUAUUUAUUUUUUACAGUGAUAUACCCACCAGUUAUUUCGAGUUGUUGCUAAUUGUCGUGUCAAUUUUAUAAAUAUGUAAAUUUUUUUUUUUUUUUUUGUGUUUGAUUAUUACUGUGUGUUGUUACAUAUGAUAUUAUAAUAUUAAGAUAAUUAUUAAUGGGAAAGAAAAAAUAUUAAACAAUAAAUUAAAAAGCC